AUGGCCGGUGGCGGUCCAGCAGCUAAGAGAGUAGUGGUGUACCGGAAUGGGGACCCCUUCUCCCCAGGCCGCCAGCUGGUGGUGACUCAACGCCGCUUCCCCACCCUGGAGGCCUUCCUCUCUGAGGUGACCUCGGCUGUGCGGGCCCCAGUGGCCGUGCGUGCUCUCUACACCCCUUGUCAUGGCCACCCUGUCACCGACCUGGCAGACCUGCAGAACGGAGGGCUGUAUGUGGCUGCUGGCUUCGAACAUUUCCACAGGCUCCCCUAUUUACCCCCUGGAGGGAAGGAUCCAGGUGGGAAGAGCAGCAGAUUGGCAGGUCCUCCUGUGACUCGGCAGCUGUGUGAUGGGGCCCUUGGACGGCAGCUACCUGCAGGUUCCCCCUGCUACAUCCAUGUGUUCAGGAAUGGGGACCUGUUAAGUCCCCCGUUCAGCCUGAAGCUGUCCCAGGCCACCAGCGAGGACUGGGAAGCACUGUUGAAGCUCCUGACGAAGAAGGUGAAAUUACAGAGCGGGGCUGUGCACAAGCUCUGCACCCUGGACGGGCUCCCACUGUCAGCAAGGGAGGCUCUGGUGAGUGGCCAUUACUAUGUGGCCGUUGGAGAGGAUGAGUUCAAGGCCCUCCCCUAUCUGGAGCUGCUGGUGCCCAGCUCCUCACUGCCCGGGGGCUGCUGGCGUCCCCCAGGUCCAAAGUCCAGGCCUCACAAGCAGGUGGCCCAGGGCCAUAGAGCACAGGCAAGCCAGUCCUCUCCAAAUGAAGUCAGACAAAUCAAGCCAUCUGCUUUCUAUGCCAGACUCCAACGAGCUAUUGAGCCAAGAAGUAUGCUCCCCAUGCUUUCAUUUCCAUCAGGAACCAAGGGAGUGUAUGGGGCUCCCCACCCAAGGAAGGAGACAGCAGGGGCCCAGCAAGUAGCAGAUGAUGAAGACACCCAGACAGAGGAGCCCUUGGAUCAGCGGGCAGCACAGAUAGUGGAAGAGGCCCUGUUCCUGGAAAACCAGCCUGGGGCUGGGGCAGCUAUCUCAGCCUGAUGCCUGCUCCACCAUCUUGAGAUCCGGCAGCUCCAGCCAGGAACUGGGGACCUUCAUUCUGCAGUCAUCUUUUAUCCUCAGCCUCCAGCAUCCUGUUCUCAAGGAACCAGUGUCUCCUCUGGGCUCACUGAAGGGGUAUGAUGCAACCCCUUCAGUCCGGCUCUUCUGCUCGUAAACUACACCCCCGUCUUCCUUUCCUUUUAGAGUAGAGAAGCCCCAGCUACAGAGGCUGUUUCCCUAUGAGGUCUCUGGCCAGAGAA